AUGUCGCGCAGGAAGGGUGGGUUCUUUGGGUGGCUGCGCAAGCUCUUCUCCCGCUCAAAGAGCCCAGAGCCCGCAACGCACUACUACAAUGCGCAGUCGCCGCCGGUGCAGCAGUAUCAUCAGCAGCACAACCAGUACGCACAGGGAUACUAUCCACCGUCCGGAUACAGCCAUGAGCAGUCCGCCUUCCACCAGCGCGCAGACGAGAUUGCCCAGAUCCAAGUCGCGGGGAUGCGCAGGACGGCCGGCGGUGGAUACGUGCACGCCUAUGCCAAUAGGACUGCGGGUCCGGAUCCAGACGCGAUAACCUCGCGGCCGUAUGAUCAGACGACUGUGUCGUCAUAUGGGACUAAUGGCAAGGCCUGGGGCGAGGAUAAAUAUGAGAAGCAGCCGGGCGCCGACAGCGCGUGGAGGGGGAAGCCUAUUGGCAAGCAGUACGAUCGACGAGAGGAGCUUACAGAGGAGGAUGAAGACAUGUGGGCACGCAUGGCAAUGUAG